AUGAACAAGCUGAUUGCCGUCGAGGCAUGUCGGUGCUUGGCGGUAAUACAGGACACUAUAGACGUGCUUGAGCGGGUAAUGUGUGUCAAUCCAACUCUCUUUACUUUAGGCUUAGACUUUGAUGGUUUGCUGGGCAAGGAGUUGUCGACUGCUAUGCGGAAAUAUCAACAAACUCGCACUACACUGGAAUCAUUGCGCACAGAGUUGGCUUCUGUGAAGGCAGCAGGCUUCAAAGCACGACUUAAGUCUAUUCAGCGGAAGAUAGAAGGCGCCACGGAUAUGUUUCAGAAGGCUGUGAAGCAGCUAAUAGUUUUGUUAGCGGGUGAGCUGGAUUUCAUUCCCAAGUUGGAGCAGGCGGGGGUUCAGCCUGUGUUGCUGCAGCCUCAGGCGGCUGUGCUUGGAGGAGCUGCAGGACGCUCCACUGCUACUGCCUCUGUAGCAGGGGACCACGCUCAAGUCCUCUCUCAGAGUCAAACGGGCACACUUGUCCCCAAUCAAGCAGCCCAAAACUAUGCCAGUAUCAAUGAUCUAAUUGCUAUUCUCAAGUCCCUGCAUCACGUUGUCUCCAUUGACAUGAUGACGAGUGCUGACCAAGAGAAGCAGAAGAAGACCAUGCUUGCGGCUUUGGCGGCCUCUGAGCGCACAAAUUUGGCACAUCUUCAAUCUCUCCGCCGGGAGCUGGAUAUCACGAUGGGGCAAUGUCAGUCGGCUGAAGAGAGGGUUGCUCUGCACUUGGCUACCAUAAACGAGUUACUAACUACUAACGCUGUCAAUGCAGACAACGAAACAACCAGGUUGAUAGAGGAGUCUUCGGGAUUGGAGACACAGAGCCAGGAGUCGUACUCAAAACGAAUUGGUGAUAUAAUGCCAAAGAUACUUGAGCUCCAGCGGAAAGUUGCAGACUUAUGUAAGAAGCAUAGAGAUAAUGUAGUAGACAUUCAGCGAAACAAGCGCCGCUCUGAGUUUCAGAUUCGCAACUGGUUAAAGAACUAUGAUGAACGGUGUAUCGACUGUGACAACCUCAUCUAUAAACUCCGGUACGAGAUCAACAUAAGCGAAGAUCGAAUUGGAGUCCUCCAGGGUGUCAUCAAUGCAUACAACGCAUACCUAACUAAGCGCACAAGCCAGUACGAAGAGAAGGAGGAGGUACUACGGCAGUUCAUGCUCAGCUGGGAACUUCCUCCAGUUGUCUACGAAACACAACAUAAGGAAUUCGGAUAG